GUUGUUGAUGUUACUCCAGGGUUGCAGGAGCGAGAUUUCAGGGAUACCCCCUACAUUCCCGUAUACGUUAUGCUACCUAUGGGCAUCAUCAACAUGGAAUGUGAAAUUGUGGAUGCUAAUAAUCUGGUUAACCAACUAAAGAUCUUGAAGUCAGCUAAGGUGGAUGGGGUUGUCGUGGAGUGCUGGUGGGGUAUAGUGGAGGCACAUACCCCACAAAGAUAUAAUUGGAGUGGUUACAAGAGGCUUUUUGAAAUUGUUCGAGAUCUUAACUUAAAACUGCGGGUGGUAAUGGCAUUCCAUGAAUGCGGAGGAAAUGUCGGUGAUGAUGUUCAUAUUCCUCUUCCACAAUGGAUUACAGAAAUUGGUUAUAGAAAUCCUGACAUAUUUUUUUCUGACAAAGAUCUAAGAAGAACCCAUGAAUGUCUCACCUGGGGAGUUGACAAUGAGCGUGUUUUAGGAGGACGAAUUGCUCUUGAGGUUUACUUUGAUUUAAUGAGAAGCUUCCGCGUGAAGUUCGAUGAGUUCUUUGAAAAUGGAGUCAUCUCUGAGAUUGAAAUUGGACUUGGUCCAUGUGGAGAAUUACGAUACCCUUCUCAUCCUGCAAAACUUGGGUGGAAAUAUCCUGGUAUUGGUGAAUUUCAGUGCUAUGAUAAGUACUUGUUAAAUAGCUUGAAAAAGACAGCGGAGGCAUUCGGAUGCUCAUCCUGUGGUAAAGGACCUUGGAAUGCAGGUUCUUACAAUUCGAAACCACAAAACACUGAGUUUUUUCGUGAUGGUGGAGAAUAUAAUAGCAUUUAUGGUAGAUUUUUCUUGAAAUGGUACACUCAAGUUUUAAUUGAUCAUGGUGAUCAAGUACUUGGCUUGGCAAAUUUGUCUUUUAAAGGCACUCCUAUAGCAGCAAAGCUACCAGGAAUCUAUUGGUGGCGCAACACUAAGAGUGGUGCAGCUGAAUUAACAGCUGGCUUUUACAGUGUUAACUGUCGUGAUGGCUAUUCUCCAAUUGCGUCAAUGUUAAAGAAGCACGAGGCAGCUCUGAAUUUCACAUGUCUUGAAUUGCACACAGUUUAUCGGGAUAUUGACUUUCCAGAAGCAUUAGCUGACCCGGAAGGACUAGUUUGGCAGGUGCUAAAUGUUGCAUGGGAAGCCUACAUACCUGUUGCUGGUGAGAAUGCACGUCCAUGCUACCAUAGAGAAGGCUACAACAAGAUCUUGGAAAAUGCCAAGCCUAGGAAUGAUCCAUUUGGUAGACACUACUUAUCUGCGUUUACCUACCUCAGGCUGAGCCCAACUCUGUUGGAGAAACACAAUUUCAUGGAGUUUGAACGAUUUGUGCAGAAGAUGCAUGGUGUACAAUGUAACUAUCUGAGUUGGAGUCAUUUCUGGAAUCUGGAAUAAAUUCCUGUGGCAGCCCCAGGAAUUUGAGUAAGGGUCAUUCCAUAUUUCGAAGUUAUGACAACGUCCGAGUUCUUUAUCGUAAGAGAUUGAUAAUGUCCUGACUGUCACAUUUGUUCAAAAUGCGACCUCAAAAUCACUUCGUUUGUAGGGUUUGUUUUUUUCCUUUGAAAGAUAGGUAUCUUAUAGUGCACCAAUGAUUUAAUAAAUUCAUUUUGCAGUAUCAUUUUAACAUA